UUGAUUAGUUUCAACUGGACAAUUCCGAAUGACGCCGCACUAGGCGUCAGCUGAAGCGGCUCAGUCAAUUUUCUUUCUCUAAGUCCAUUGAACCAACCAACCACCACCACUCUCCACUCUCGCUCGCUCCGCCGAUAAUUUGCUUCUCUCCGACGAACUUCUCCGAUCUCUUCACCGGCGACUCCAAGUUUUGUAGACGAUGAUCAUUACUAAGCAGUAUCGCUGCAUACACUCAGCCAGUUGUAAGUGUACAAAAGGGCAUCUUAGCGAAGAAAUUAUAUUUCUGGUUGUUCAGCAAUUGAAUUGGAAUCCUAAGUCGAUUGCAACUUUAUCUUGUGUAUGCAAAUGGUUUGAUGACCUUGCAAAGAGAGUGCUCUGGAAGGAGUUUUGUAAGACUAGAGCUCCCAAAAUGAUGCUUGAUUUACAGUCUAGUGGGAGUCAUAGUGUUGAUGGGAACUGGAGGGCUCUUGGAAAGCUUCUUAUUUACUGCUCUGGAUGUAAUAAAGGUGGCUUAUUCAAUAGCAUCCACAUUCCAGGACACUUUGUUUAUAGAACUAGGUUCUCUAGGACCUCCGGAAAGAGCUUUCUGUUGCCACAAUGCAGGACAGAUGUUUUGUAUGUUUCUGAUCCUUGCGAGCAUCUUGACCAAGGAGAUGAGGGGGAUAUUGGAUUUUUUCGGGGAAUAUUUAAAUCCUUUGCUUCCUCAAAAGUUUAAANGCGUAAAAUGUUGAUUAAGAGGGAGGCUCAGCUCCAUCCAACAGAAGUGUGCCCUUACUGUAAGGCGAAACUGUGGAGCAUGCUGCAAGCAAAAAUGAUGCCAGCUAGUGCCAGCUGUAGAUUGGGUGCUUAUGAAGAUGCAGUUGAGUAUUAUGUGUGCCUAAACGGGCAUGUGCUUGGGAUAUGUACCCUCUUGCCCUUGUCUGAUUCUGAGGAAGCUUCAGAUCACAGUGAUGCAUGAAUGCAGGUGUUAGAGACGGUUUUCAUCGAUUUGGGAACUUGGCGGGUGCUGUUCACUGAGAGAUCAAAUCGUAGAGCCAUUCAGUGGAAGGUCUCUUUCGGUGACAUGGAGUUGUUUCUCCGCAAGCUUGCCACUUCCCAAACUUCUCUGACCAGCGCAGUACAAUGGAAACCUAUUCCUGUCCAUUAUGUCUCAGUUGUAACAAGCACCUCUAGAAUUUCUUUGUAUAUUUUAUGAUCUCAAAUGUGCAUCUUAUUUGAGUGACACGUUGGAAUCUGUAACAUUUUAUUGUUGUUUGUUGUGAAGCAGUUAAGUCACACCAUGUAAAUUUUGAAAAAUUAAAUGCGAUUCUUGUGCAGCCCGA